UAUCAACCCUGGCCUAUCAUUGAUCAUCGCUUCCAUUCCACACAAGCCCCAUACACUCCGCUGGAUAAGUUCAACACGCUUGACAAGACCUCUGAUUCAACCGAGAUUGCACACCAAACUUCCAACCCGACCUUGCCUAACGAGACGGAAAUGGCAGACACGUACUCCCAGUCCACCGAAUACCCGGAGAAUGCAAUAGCCGUGGUGGGAAUGUCUUGCAGGCUGCCAGGUGCUCGGACGCCGGAUGAGUUCUGGAAGUUGCUUUUGUCUGGCAGGUCCAUGGGUGGCGACGUGCCCGAAACCCGCUUCCCGCUCAAGAACCACUGGCGAAGUCAGGCCAUGUCCAGGAUGCAAGGGAAUUUUAUGGAUGACGUGGACGCAUUUGACCACCAAUUCUUCGGCAGAUCGAGUCGUGAAGCAGCUGCAAUGGAUCCUCAGCAGCGCCUGCUGCUGGAAGAGACCUACCAUGCCCUGGAGACGACUAACUACUUUCACCCGGACUCUCAAUUUGAUAGUAACGUCGGCUGCUACAUAGGGACCUUUUGCAAUGAUUACGAUGACAACCUUGCCGGGCAUCCGCCGAAUGCUUUUGCCGCUCUCGGCUGCCUUAGAGCCUUCCUGAGUGGUCGGGUCAGCAACUUUUUCAACUGGACUGGGCCCUCUAUCAUCUUCGAUACUGCGUGCUCCUCCUCCGGUGUUGCCAUCGAUGCAGCCUGCAAAGACCUUAUACUAGGAAACUGCUCGGCCGCUGUUGCUGGGGGUGUAGCAGUCAUGAGUAGCCCUUAUGUUUACCAGAAUCUGGGCGGGUCGUCAUUCCUUAGUCCGAACGGCAAAUCAUCCCCGUUCGAUUCGAAUGCCAAUGGCUACUCGCGUGGCGAAGGAGUUGCCCUUGUCGUUCUCAAGCGAUUGGAUGCGGCUCAAGCAGCUGGUGAGCACAUUCUUGGGGUGAUAUGUGCCUCCGCAGUCAGGCAAAACAGCAACAACUACCCAAUUACCGCCCCGGAUCCUCCGUCCCACGAGAACCUGUAUAGGCGUAUUCUGACAACAGCUAGAAUGGAACCAAAGGAAGUUAACUUUGUCGAGGCUCAUUCUGCUGGGACUCGAGUUGGUGACGUUCCAGAAGUCGCAGGAGUUACAAAUGUCUUCGGACGUUCCAGCUGGGACGGCCCUCUGCACGUAACCUCCGUGAAAGCCAAUGUCGGACAUACUGAAGGCGCUUCAGGGGUGGUCAGUCUGAUAAAGAUUCUGCUUAUGCUGCGGAAUGGUCAAAUUCCCCCACAGGCCAAUUUGAAGGAGCUUCAUGAGAAAAUUAGCAAUACUCAAGGCAACAUUAUAGUUCCCCGUGAAGCACAACCAUGGAAUGCACGCCCCAUGGUGGCGUGUUUGAACAAUUUUGGUGCUGCCGGUAGCAUCAGUGCGAUGAUAGUCAAAGAGCCGCCACCGCACCAACCCCAGACCGUGAUGGGUAUAAAAGAGCCUCUUGAUAUUGCAUUCCCCAUAUGUAUAUGUGCGCACACUUCCCAUGCACUGAAGAAGAACUGCACGGACAUUCGGGACUGGAUUAGAGACGGCAUACCUAACGCCGAGAUACAAGACAUUGCCUUCAACCUGUCGCGCAGGACCAAUCUCAGCCUCUCUUAUCGAUGGGCAGUCACCGCAAAAUCCAUACCGGCACUGAUUGAUAGUCUUCAAGCCGUGGAGAUGGCGGACGCAAAGACCCUGACGAAAUUGAAAACACCUAAGCCGAUCAUACUUUUAUUUUCCGGACAGAGCGCAGAGACUUCCCACAUUAGCAGACAUGUCUAUGAGACAUGUGGUAGCUUCCGUCGGCACUUAGAUCGAUGUAAUCGUGUUCUAACCGGCCUCGGCGCAAAAGGUCUGUAUCCUGAUAUAUUCGAGGACCGUUCGUGCCCCGACGCGGCGACGCUCCACGCGAGGAACUUUUCCAUUCAAUAUUCCUGUGCCCGGACUUGGAUCGAUAGCGGUCUACAGGUAGCACGGGCUCUUGGCCACUCGAUAGGACAGCUCAUUGCAUUGUGUGUAUCCGGCACGUUGUCUCUGCAUGACGGCCUCAAGCUCGUGGUGGGACGAGCCAAGUUGGUCGACACCAAAUGGUCGACCGAAAAGGGGGCUAUGUUUGCAGUACAGACAACGCUGGACCAAGUGCAACAGGUCAUUGAGCAACAUAAGGACUUGGAUAUCGCCUGUUACAAUGGCCCAAAAAGCUACGUACUCGCUGGUUCCAAGAUGGCGGUUAAGAGCGCCAUGGUGACGUUGAGGCAGAGGCAGAUCAAACAUAAGCGCCUUCACGUCACCCACGGCUAUCAUAGUCGCUUGACGGAGCCAAUCCUCCAUUAUCUACGCGAGAUUGCAUCCGAUCUUGCAUUCCUGCCACCCGAGUUUGCAGUCGAAACCUGCACGCCUUCAAGGAGUUGGGAUAUUCCGACCGCGGACCUAAUUUCCCAACAGACACGAGAACCAGUGCACUUCCACGCGGCAGUCCAGAGGAUAAGCAACGAGCUCGGCGCAUGUACAUGGCUUUCAGCGGAUCUCAAUCCCAUAGUGUCCCAGAUGGCAGCUGCUGCGCUUCCCCCAGAAACUUCCAAAACAAGCACUUUUCUGCCAGCAUUAUCAAUUUCUUCUUCUUCGUCAGCUUCGUCUCUUCUCCAAUCCCUCUCGGAUGUGGUCCGGAUCCUCUGGCAGGAAGGUCAGAUUGUUGGAUUCUGGCCAUUUCUCAACGGGGGUAGUCAGAGAUACAGAUACCUUACUUCGCCGCCAUAUUCGUUCACGCAGCACCGACAUUGGCUGGAAUGGAAGGAGUCAAGGGCUUCUUCGCAGCCCCAGCCUUCGGGACGUCAAUCUUCGGAGCCCGAACGCUCCGAAACGGAACUCGUCAUUUUCAAGGGGUUCGAAAACGUGGAAGGCAUUGGAACCGCAAGCUUUGAGGUCGAUACUCGAGCUCCGUCUUGGCCAUUGCUUGUUGAUCAGCACGCAGUGUCAGGGAUAGGAAUCUGCCCAGCCUCCCUAUACUGCGAGAUGGUUAUCCAGGCAGCAAAGCUUGCACGCCUAAGCAAGAGGGAAUUCGACCGAUCACUAGUGCUGGUGGAGGACCUUCGCAUAUUCAGUCCAGUGGGCCGAGAUAUCGGAGAGAAACUCAAACUGACAGUGAGAGCAGCAGACCCUGCCCCAUUCUACUGGGACUUCGCAUUCUACUUGGAGCAUGACACCCCCCGUGCAACAGGGCGAUUGCGCUUAGCGGAUGAAUCAAUGGACUCCACAAGCAAUAUCCAGCACAAUUCCGUUCUGGCCACCUUGGGGGUAGCCGGGGAUACCACUCCGCAACAAGAACAGCUAGGGAAUGGAUGCUCCAAUAUGAGCGGAGAUGUCAUCUACCGUCUGCUGAGGUCUUCUGUGACCUACGGCAAGAUUUAUCAGCUCAUCCGGAGUUUUGUCUUGUCUCAUUAUGUAAAAGCCUUUAUCCAAUUACCGGGAAACGCUCAAAUCUCUUACAGUCACGAUACGAUUCCACCGGUAGUGGUUGAAGGAGUUUUGCAGGUAGCAGGUGCACACGCCAAUCUCUUCAGCACCACAAGUCCUUGCACCGGGUUACGCCUCUGUACGCAGAUCAAACGUAUCCAAUUCAGUCACCAUCGAUCGUGGGAGUCCUGCCAUUCAGGCUGGGAGGUGGUGGCUCGAGUGAACCAACAAAGUCCUGCGUUUGCCGAAUAUGACAUCGUGGCUUUCAUGCCCCAGACGGGCAAGCUGGCGAUGGCGAUAUAUGGGGUCCGAUUUCAACAUGCUUCGGCUCAGUCGGUAAACCAGAUCCUUUCUACUGUCUCCGCCGACCACGGUGCUGUCCCCCUUCACCCGUCAGACAAUGCACUGAACGACGAAAAGGCCGAGCCCAAUGGAGGAGGCAACUCCCUGAGCCCUAUUACCCAGGAGACAUCGGUAUCUGAAGCACAGGAUGAUUCGUUCGCUUCCACGUCACCUUCCAUGACUCCUCGGAAUUCAUUUUCUGAAAGCGUGCUUGAUAGGUCCGUGGAAUCCGUCGACUCCAAGCCAUGCUCAAAGGGGAGUUCCUGUGUAGCACAUCGACUGCGUGGGCUGUUGGAAGCUCACCUAGGCCCGCUCGAAGAGACCGAUCCUCGCGUCACUCUGUCCAGCAUUGGUGUCGACUCUUUGCUCUCCCAAGAGCUAAUAGGGGACAUGGAAAAAGAGUUCAGUUUCCCCAGCAGUGACAUCCAACUUAAUUCUGACACCACUUUCUCGGAACUAUGUGCCAAUAUAGGCGCUGGCGACUUGGACAUUUCGAUUCCUGAGCAGACGCCCAAAUCAGCAGUUGAAGAUAAAACCUGGCAGCCGCAAGUCGUUUUUGACAGUAUACGUGAACGCUUCCCAGAAUUUGCGGCGCGUACAUCCUGGCUCAGUUUCUGGGACAAAGUGCAUCCACUCCAGUUUCAACUGACAGUCUCCUAUGUGCUCGACGCAUUUUCCAACCUUGGCUGUGACCUACGUGUCAUGGAGGCUGGCCACCACGUUGCAUCCAUCCUUGUCGCACCUCAACAUGGCAAAAUAAAAGAUGCCCUGUAUGAGAUUCUACAGAAUGCUGGUAUCAUCGCUUCCACUGGCAGAGAAUACCUCCGAUCCAAUCAAGACGUCCAAGGUCUUUCAUCGGGCCCCAUUUUUGACGAGCUGUUUGCGAAGUAUCCACAACAUCGACAGGAUCACGAGCUGCUCCGGGUCACUGGUCCAGAGCUGGCGACAUUUCUAUCUGGACAGAUCGAUCCCUUGCAGCGCCUCUUUGGAAUUGCCCGUCACCGGGAGCUUCUUAGCCAAUACUAUUCGGACUCGCCAAUGUUCCACACCAUGACUUUGAUGCUAUGUCAGUAUUUAAAGCAGCUUACUGCAACAUGGAGCUCAUCACGGCCCAUCCACAUUCUCGAGCUGGGCGCUGGAACUGGAGGGACAACGGCUGCCGUGCUCGACACGCUUCACGAAUCGGGCAUUGAAUUCCGGUACUAUUUCACCGACAUCGCACGCUCCUUUGUGAACGCAGCCCGACGCAAGUUCGAGGCUUACCAGGAUUCAAUGGAGUUUAUUGCCCUCGACAUCGAACAGCCUCCUCCGUCCGAGCUUGUCGGGCAGUUCGAUAUUGUCGUAUCAACAAAUUGCAUUCACGCAACUCGUGACCUGAACGUGUCGCUACACCAGGCACGUCAGAUGCUUCGGUCUGAUGGCUUUAUAUGUCUGGUCGAAACCACUAUACGCAUGUCCUUUCAGGAUCUCAUCUUCGGUCUUCUGGAGGGCUGGUGGCUGUUUGAGGACGGCCGAUCGCACGCACUGGGAUCACCUACAAGAUGGAACAACGCCCUACUAAGCGCGGGGUUUGAGCAGGUCAUGACCAGUGCAGGACCCAGUCUGGAGUCGCAAACUGUACAGCUCAUCUGUGGCUUCGCUUCCCAGAACUACGCUGUCGAGGGUCAUCGACCUAUUCGCGAAAUUGGCUUCGAAACUGUAGUCUGGAAGACCAGCAAGCCACUCCUCUGUGCCGACGUUUAUUAUCUCCCCGAUCAUCCGUACAAACCUAAGCACAAAUGUCCAAUCGCGCUUCUACUCCACGGAGGCGGACACAUGAUGUUGUCGAGAAAGCAUGUUCCCCGCGAGCAAGUCUCCCUCCUACUCGAGCACGGAAUCAUCCCGGUCAGUAUCGACUUUCGACUAUGCCCCGAAGUGGACAUCGUCAAUGGGCCGCUGAGCGAUGCGCGGGACGCGGUGCGAUGGGCCCGAGGUGAGCUGCCAAACCUCCAGUUCAAACCCCGUGGCUUGAGCUUGGAUGGCGAGCAUCUGGGGGCAGUCGGCUGGUCAUCUGGAGGCACCCUUGCUCUCUUGCUGGGACACACUCUGGAUGACCCAGCAUACCGACCUCCUGACGCGAUCGUGAGCUUUUACUGUCCCACCGACUUUGAGGAUGAGUCGUGGACGACGUUCCGAAACCUGCCAGCGCCGCAGGAACGCAGUAGUUUGGAUCCCGAUAUUCUGAAAGCCAUCGAGCCAGAGCCUAUCACCGGAUAUGAAGCGAGGCACCAAGAUAUCGGAAUCCCGUCGCGCGUAGACAACAAUCCCCGAGUCCGACUGUUCUCGCACAUCCUACGAUACGGACAGGCCCUCCAGGCCUACGCGAGUGGAUUGCCAUCGACGAGAGCAGCCUCGACCACGCAGAAGGUUGAAUCCAUUCCUUUCUCGCCGCCGCCUCCUAUCGAGCAGAUCCGUAAAUCUAGCCCCUAUGCGUCCGUUGUCUCGGGGAAGUAUGUCUCCCCGACAUAUCUCAUCCAUGGACAGAAAGACGAGCAGAUCCCGUGGCAGCAGGCCGCGAAGAUGCAUGACGCUUUGCGGCGUUGUGGCGUCGAAACGGAGAUCGCUUUGCCGCCGGAUUCCUCUCAUUUGUUCGAUACGAUUGGCGCUGAGCCCUCGGUAUCGGAUGAGAUUCUUGCAACUGGCUAUCGGUGGUUUGCUGGCCAUCUUGACGCGUCACCACCGUCUGACGAAGCACAGGAGUAA